GCAAAAGGUAAACAAGAAAGAGAAGCAUUUUCUGGUUGUCAAAGAGAAGUUGACGCGGUUAACAUUACAUUACAGGCCGGGAAAAUGUGCUUUUGAUUUUAUCAAUUAGCAAGGAUAUAACUAUAACUAUAGCCCUUACCAAAGUUUCUCCUGUGGUCGUAGAAAAAUGCCUGAGUUAAGCGAUCAACAACUGAAGGACCGUGUCCAGAAACUGGAAAAUCUGUUGAGAGUAAGAUCAAUUUUACGCUCGAUUUGUUUCUAAACGCUUUAUUCCUUUUGUGGGUUGAACAUCGUCUGGGAAAUUGCUUAUGCCAUUGAUGUUGUUUUCAGGCUAGAGAGGAAAGGAUCGUUGCUCUUGAAACAGAAAAUGCUAUGCUGUAUCUUAAACUAGCUCAGGUAAAUGAUAUCAAUUGAUAUUUCACCAAUACUUGUACCGUUAAUGCUUACCAGCUGAUAUUGGUUUACCAGCACGUAAGCAUUAUAUUGUGCGUAAUUUAAUUUGACUUCAAAUGGUUGACUAUUGUUCUAAAUGAAAUAGCUUCCUUUAAUUACCAACAGUAAUAAUCUCGUUUGAAUAAUUCCUGGCGUAAUUCCAUUUGAGCAACCUAGCUGUGCUACUUGUAGUCAGUUUAUUAGAAGGCUAUACUGUAAAUAACCAAGAAACGUGAAAUAUAAUUCAGAAUUUCCUUUUAGUGUCAAGGCUCUGUCAGGUCCUGCCGCCAUGAAGCCACGCACUUCAGACGUUUGUUUGAUGAGGAACAGGGUUUUAGAAAAACAUCAUUACAGACACUAAGGAACUCAAGUGACAAAGUUCAGGUUUGCACUAUAUAACUAUAUUAAGGCGCAUUGAGGAAAUGUAACCAGACUGACAACAAAGUAAAUUAAAUUAAAGAAGUCAUCAUCAUUCUCACACUUGAAACCAUACCACAGUCAGCAUAAUUAUUCAUUUUUAUUUUUUCCUUAAAAGAAGGGGAAAAAUGGCUAAAACUCAUCACAGUAGAAAAAUAAAAGCACAAAUUUUAAAUUGUAAAUCGGCAAAGCAAAAACAUCUAGAACAUCUUUAAGGAAAUCUUUUAUUUCUCUUUCAAGAACAAAUACCGAUUAAUGCAUUCAUUAAGCUUUGAUUUGCAAAUUUGACUCUUCUUGUGCACCCAGGUAGGUGAACUACAUGUGCAAAAAGCAUGCAGGGAUUUUCAUUGAAAAGACUUAAGUGAGUGCACACUGUAACUCAAGCUGCAGUUGACCCCUUAAAAGAGAAAAGCACCUUAUUUGAUUGUCAAUAUCAUUAGCAAAAAAGUAUCGGUAUAAAGACAAUACUUUUAUGUCUUCAACUGGAGAUACGACCACCAGUUUAUAAGUGGUUAGCCACCUAGGGUGAAGCUGUUUGGAGAGCAAAGGCAGUUUCUUCAUUUCUCAGGUAUCUCAAGACCCUGAGUAUUAAUCCCAUCCUGGGGAUCAAACUGGCAACUUCCUGGCUCUGCAGAAAAGUGCUUUUAUGACAGAACUGGCUCCUGCUGUGCCAUUUUUCUCUCUCCUUUUGUGCUUUGUUUCUUCAUGCACAGCCCUGCAAUCGCAUAAUUGAUACCUGUCUGGCUCUCAAUAAUAAUCAUCCUCGCAGACACAGGGGCGGUCAGUUGGGCCGGGAGAAAAAGUGUGAUGAAAGUUUUGUCUUGCCUUUUCUCCCGGCCUGACUGACUGCCCUUGGUUCUCAGAGGAUGAAUAAUAUAGGAAGAGCUUUAAUUAUAAUAAAGUACUGCAACAAAAUGUACAAUUUAAACCUCUAGGCAGGGCCACAACCAUCCCCAGUCCUCAGAUCAUACACUUUCAUUAUGGGAUUCCAUCCCCCGGCCUAUGCAUUGUUCAUUGCACUCACUCCUUUACCCCUGAAAUGAGCUGUUUUUAUAGAAGUACGACUUUUUUGGUCUUUGCUCAACUUGCUCUAAAAAUUGCAACAAACGAACCUUUCCUGUAAUGUUUUUUAUGAUUAUUUUCUCUUAUUACUUGAUGUAGUUGCUCUAUCUGUAAUCCAACAGGAACUGAAGCUAGAGUUGCAUGACCUGAAGAAGAAAGUAAAAGUUCUACCAGAACUUUUGGCUCAAGAAAUGGAAAAGACAACUAAACUCACAAAUCAGUUUGGAUCCAUGAAAAUGUCCAACAUGGAAGGUAAACUUAACAUUCCCAAAAGUAUCCAGUUCCUCUGUCCAAUUUAGGGUUUGAUUCCUUCAGAGUAGUACAUCUGAUGUGUACAGGAACACUUGUCUCUACAGUCCAAUUAAAAAUAAUUGCCUUAAAAUUUUGCCAUUCUGUUUUUUGAUUUGCUUCUGAUUCAUGUAGACUGCUUGCAGUCCGUCUUUUCUCUUAAAAUCCGUCUAGGUCUUAUCUCAUCCAGCGCGAUUGCAAACCGCGACGUUAUCAUUACAAUUGAGACACUGGGCUUACGCCCUCAUUUCUCGUGGCUCGCGGCUUCGCCGCUCGCGUGCUUAGGUUUCGCGUGCAGUAACUUUGCAAAGAAAAAUAAGAGACUGCUCGCAGUCUAGAUUCAUGUUGUCUGGUACAUGCAGCGGUCUCACUAAGAUCUCAAGAUGCCUGUUAGAUGCAACUUAUUAGUGGGCAGAGAAUUCACAAGAAAAGCUAGGCAAUUCUUUUGGUUCUAAAUUCCUUUAACUUCCUUUGAAAUGAAGGGGGUCAAGCUCAUAUACACUAACCCCCCCGCCUCCCCCCUCUUAGUGAACCCUUAAACAUGAUAGUACUUUUUGGCUUUCAUAAAUGUAUAUGCCACCAUUUGAAAUCUUUGCUUAAUUCUGAUGACCUUUUCAUUAAUUACUGAAAAAAUAUGUUCUCCUUUCUCAUCAGUGCUAUUGGUACUUAACAAAUAAACCUCAGAUACCAAAUAAGGUUUGGUUGUAUAAUGGCUUCCAGCUACCAAUAUACAUGACUGAGUGGACCCUCGAUGUAACAAACCUAUUUUUAUUAGGAAGUCCUUGAAAUAAUAAAUGAUAUUCCUCGCCAUGUAUAAAGCAUACAGAAGAGAGAAUCGCUACAACAAAACUCUUUUAAAGCGAACAUAUAUUUUGCCAGUCCCUUGGCUCUUCAUCAUAUCGAGGUUCCAGCAAAGGAGGCCUGAAAACUUGAUGUCCAGGGUAAAUGCAACAAGUAGGCAGGGAAUCAAACAGCAGGGAUAUGUUUUGGUUCUAUAUUUCCUUUAUUAUAUUCAUAGUAGCCAGGGAAAAUCCCCAGCCCCUGCCUCUUAUUCCUUAAUGACAGCCCUGACUUGGAUAUUUAUUCACCUGUUCACUGAUGUGAUGGCCAAAAUUAAAUUGAGGUCUAAUUUUUUUCUUAACCUAGGUUGAUUCUCAAUUUCCUUUGUCUCCUAGCCCUAAUUUAUUCUUUGAUGAUUUAGGGCUAGGAGACAAAAAAAAUUGAGAUUCAACCUAGGUUUAAAAAUUUUAACCUGAAUAUAAUAUUGACCUGUAAUGUACAUUUUAAUUCUUCUUCCUUUAAUAUCCUGGUUCUUCCUGUCGUUAAUCAGUACCACUGCUAUAUCUCUCUAUUGUUCCUCUCUGUAAACUGUAAAAACUAUUUUUUAGGCCUUCAGUCUAAGCUUCUCAAGACAGAGAUGGAAAUGGUUGACUUCCGACAAAGGUAUAUCAAAGAAAAGUCAAGAAGAAUGACAUUGCACAACACUCUAGUGGUAAGUUUCUGCCACAUAAUAGGUAGAGUUGGUAGAUUGAUUCAGUAACUGUUGUUGUUUGUUUACUUUGUUUGUUAGUUUUUAUUGUUGUUGUUGUUUUUCUCAGAAGAAAAGCUGUAUAGUAUCAAGGUACUUUGUCAGGACGACUAUUAACUAAAGGAAGCUUAAGUAGCAACGACGGCGACAGCUACGAAAACGUCACUCAAAAAGUGAAUCCGCGCUGCCUCAAACUUUAUCGCGCUUACUUUAUCUCGUUUACUCGUCAAAUUUUGGCAAUAAAUUUGUGGUGGAAUUCUAAAGGUCUGUAUCCAAGUCCAGGAAAAGAAAAGGAAAGUUGUUGUCUUGUGUUCCCGUCCUGGACAAAACAUGAAAUUAGGCACUUUCACGUUGUAGUCGUGCAACGACUGCUAAGAAAUGCACUUGCAAAGUUGUUGUUUUGCUAAUCUAAACCUAUUGCUUUUUUACCGUUCUCAUUGCUGUCGCCGUCGUCAUUGCUUAAGCUCACUAAUAGGGAGCUUUAGCAUCGACGACGGCAACGGCAGCGAAACCGUCAGAUUUAAAAUGAAUUCCCGUUUUUUCAAUCUUUGUCGCGUUUGUUCCAAUUUGCUGAAAAUGGCAAGUGUAGGCGAAUUUCCCUGGAGUUGAUUUCUUGAGGACCGCACUCAAGUUUAGAGAGAGAAAAAGAGAUUCGUCGUCGCUUGUUUAUGUCCUCCAUAAAACUUGCAAUUAGGCAUUUUCACGUCGUAGUCGAGCAAGGACGGUAAAGAAAUGUACAAAAAAGCGUGAUGCACGUGCAAAGUUGUUGUUUUGCGUAAUCAAACCUAUUGCUUUUUUUGACGUCCUCUUUGCCGUCGCCGUUGUCGUUGCUAAAGCUCCCUAAUAACUAUGACGUCACGGCCGCUAGUGUUUCUAUUUUUUAAACUGAGUAAAAGUAACAAGCUAUAACUAUCUCUUCUUUUUUCAUUUUCAUUGACCUCUAAAUGAUUUCUGUUUACAUAUCUAUUGUACUCUUUUGUCUUCAAUGGUUAUUCAAAUCUCAUAUAAGUAAGUUGAUUUGAACUGCUUUUUUGAUUACGUUGCUCAUUACAUCGAGGAUUUCAGAGCUGAUUACAUUGCUCAUUACAUCGCGGAUUUCAGAGCUGAUUACAUUGCCGAUUACAUUUGUGAGCUAAAGUAACGCUACGUAUACAAGAAUAAACGCUGUUGGAACCAAAGUUCAGUUUGCCUUUGCUGUACCAGUUAGUGGUUUGGUUAAAGCGCCGAGUUCCCGUUGAGUGUCCAAAUCGUUCGCCCGGAAAGUGGAAAAACUUUCCGCCACAAAAGAAAAUCAUUCGUUAUACCGAAUACUUCGUUAUAUAGAGGUUCGUAAUAUCGAGGUUCCACUGCAGAUCGUUUUCAUAGUCAGCAGCUAGGCAAAUUUGUUGGAACAAAAGAAUGUUUUUACACGAGAAAAGAGUUGAACUCGCACAGGGUUUUUGGUUUUCUAUUCAGCAACAUACUGGAACAAAAGCUAGCAACGUUUGCUAGGUCAGCAAAACAGCGUUUAUGUACAUUUACAAUAUAUUACAAUAUGAAUGAAAUUGCAAGGUCAGCUAGCGUCUGUUCAAACAGCAAGAAACGCGGACUAAUCACUAGUUUCCUAUUUCUAAAGCAAAACAAAUAUAUUUCGAAUUUGCAAGUCAGCAAAACUCCAACAGACUAAUGAACGUAUUCGCAAAUACCUAAUGUGAACGGAUGUCGAGCAGAAUAAAAAGAACGCUUAGAUUAAAAGAUAAACUAAAGUUAAUAGCCAUUAUUCUGAAAACUAAUGAUUUAUUUCUAAAAGUCAAUAAUUGGAGUAAAACGUGCCCAAUUGAAAAGAGUCAGGGGCAAAUAGUUUUGACACCUGUAAACACUGUUGGCUGUUUCUAGAAUUAUUGCGUUAACGAACGCUAAGUAAUCAAACAAAAAUGGCACGAGCGUUUUCGCGGAGCUAAAACCUCUUUAUGCGAAUUCAGUAUGAAUUACUAAAAACAACGUCAAAGCGAAUAUUUGAAAGCUAUAUAUGAAAUUAGAGGCAAAUAAAGAAUUCAUGGAAAAUCUAUCCUCACACUUUACCCCAGUAAUAGUAAAGUGUAUGAAAAAUAACGACGAUAUAACGAAACCUCGUUAUAGCGGGUUUACGGUCAAGUCGCCCGAAAGUCAUCUCACCCGAAGUUGAAACAGGAGCCGAUAAUCGGCUCCUGCUCGAAAUCAGAGUUAUGUGGCUCGUCGAGUCGAAAUUUUAUCAUGCUCAACAAUAUCCUAGCAUCCCUAUUACCAUUUGCGGCGCUUGUUUUUUCUGAUCGAAGAUCAUAGAACAAGAUUUAUUACUCAUUUAUCGCGCUUGUUUCGUUGUUAAAGAGCGAGAUAUAUUACACAUUCACUCUGCACUUGUUUCGUCUUAUGAUGGUUUAAAGAACAAGAUAUAUUAACAUACCCUCUUUAAUUAAGAAAAAAUCAACUUUGUUUCCUGUGCACUUCACCUGAUAAAAUUAAGCCGACAUGAUUCCGCAUUUCGGGCGAUUUAACUCUGGUUUCGGGCGAGAUGACUUUCGGGCUACUUCACCGGUUACCUCAUAGCGAAAAAAUUUUGCCAAUUCCUUGGCCUUUCGUUUUAUCGAGUUCCACUGUAUAAUAAACGAGCUCAUCAGGGAAGCUGGUUAAUCUGCAUGUAUUACUUGUAACUAAAACGGUUUCAAAGAUUUAUUGAUGGUGGUCCUGCUCCCGCUUAACAGGAAAUCCGUGGAAACAUCCGUGUUCAUUGCAGACUGCGGCCUUGUAUUGGCCGACUGGACUCACCUGGGGAUGAAGAGUCGCUUGGUAUGGCGGGAACACCCUCAGAAAAAGUUGUGGAAUUAUUGGACGAGGAGAAGAUAUUAGUCAAACCUUCUAAGCCGAUUGGAGGUCAGUUACAGAAAAAGGAGUUUGAAUUCGAGAGAGUUUAUAGCCCUGAGACAGAUCAAGAGUCACUUUUCGAUGAUGUGGCCCCUCUACUGACGUCUCUUUUGGAUGGGUGAGUAAUAAACGACGUCCUCACUUUGGCCCGGACUUAAAUCGAUUCGCUCGCUGAAUUACAGAACUCUAUAUUCCGGUGAACAUACUUAUCAGAGAUGUUUUUACAGUUAAGCUUGGACUCUGUCGCUAAGAUUGCUGAAAAUUGUCCGACGAUCUGUAUGAUCUUAGCCCCUGACUUUGAGAUAUUUUGUGUCAAGUUUUCCGUGUAAAAAGCCAUUGACCCACAGGUGCAGUUAUAGCCUUUUCUCGCAUAUUCCUUUUCUUCUCUUGGCUUAUACAUCGAGCGAAUGGACGAAAUGUCGGGGAAAUGUCGUCUGGCGAAUCGAAACGAUCUUAAGGCGAAACGACCUGAUGCCACACUGUACACAAAAAAAUAUUAAGGAGCUUAAGCAACGAAGACGGUGACGGAGAUGGCUACGAAAACUACUCUUAAAAAGUGAAUUCGCGGUGCUUCAAAGUCAAUCGUGCUUAGUCAAUCUCGGUCAACUCGUCAAAUGUUGGCAAUUUUUUUCUUUAUAGCUAAAUUCUAAAAGACGGUAUCAAAGUUCAGGAAAUGAAAAAGAAAGUCGUUGUCUGGUGUUCGUGUCCCCAACAAAACGUGAAAUUAGGCCAUCUCGCGUCGUGUUGUCGCGGGGUGACGGCAAAGAAAUGUACAAAAAAGUACGUUCUCGUUGCCGUCUCCGUCGUCGUUGAUUAAGUAAUAACUGACAAUGCGGGGUGGUUGUCUCUUGGAGUACGCCGGAGAAAGACAACACCUGCGCAUUUCAUCGUGGACUUUGGAAUGGCUCUGUAGACGUACAUGUAGUCUGGAAGAUUGUAGGCCGAUCUAUGUGACAGUGGAACUCUGCUGGCUUUUGCGGUGGAUUUCUUGUUGUCGAUGUUUCUCUUUCUCCAGCUCAGCUGCUCGUGCUUUGCAAUUGAUAACACGUCAACGAGAGAUCGGUCCUAUGCAACGUUCUGAACGCUUUCGAUAGGUUCGAUUUCCUCCGUUUUCUUGGGUCUGUCUACAGUGCCGGAUCCAGACCUUGAGAUAAGUGGGGGACCCCGGUCAUCUAGACCCUUAGAUAAAACAGGGGAGGGGUCUCCAAAAAGAAUUUUUUCGGGUCUUCGGGCCUCUGUUUGGUCUAAAAAUAAGGACCGCUCCCCGGGCCCCUCCCCUAGAUUCGCCACUGUGUCUAGUUCCUCCCCGUCGGGAGAGGAGCGUGGGGUCAUUUCGCGAAUAACGGCUGGUUAUCGAGCCUACGCUAUCAGGGUACGGCCUUGCUUUCUCCUGUCUUUCAGCAACUCAAUAAAGAGCAGCUACUACUUCAUCAGUAGCGCGCAAAGCCAAAAUAAUUUGGUCUUGUGCAUGGUGAAUUGCCAAAAUUAAAAUAUAUGUUGUAGUUAAUUUUUUUUAUCCCAGGUUAUUUUUAUGUUUCCUUUGUUUUUUUGGUAUGGUAAUGUAUGCUAAUGAAGUUGAAACAAAGAAAAACAUAACAAUUACCUGAGAUAAAAAAUUAACUACAACAUAUACAUAUUUUUGUUUAACUUGAAUAUCCUCAAUAUGAAGUCAAUAACGUUUGUUGUCAUUGAGACAAGCACUUGAUGCCGUGUGAAUUUUCGAACACUUAAUUGAACUGAUUGUGUGUUCGCUGAACAGGUAUAACGUGUGCAUCAUGGCGUAUGGACAAACAGGAUCUGGCAAAACGCACACCAUGCUUGGGAGUCAUGAUUUGGAUAUGGAGAUUGAUUCUGAAUCUCUGAACAAAGAUGAAGGCAUCAUCCCACGAUCAGCAAAGGAGAUGUUCAGGUGAGACAUUCAAAGGUUCCGUUCUCGAUUUCAAUUAAUAAUACUGAUAUAAAAUAUACGAUGUAGAGGGGAAAAACGUCUUGUCGCGUUAGUCUGCGUUCAACCAAAAUGUAUAAUUCCCGAGUUUUGUCGAACAUUUUAUUAGGUAAGCCUAAGGCUGAAGCUAAGAAAUAUUGACACAAGAAUGAAGAAUAAAAAUCUCGAUUAAUGCUUUUGUUUCGUAAAACCUAAUGUUAAAACUACAAAUUCCUUUUAUUUUGUGUAGCACCAUUCGCUUGCAUUUCAAGUGUAACUACUGUAACGCCAUUAAACUUCUAAACACUUGUUCAUCACUUGCUUUUUUUAGCGGUAAAUUUAAUGUAGGUCGUACGACUUCCUGCCCUAAAAUAAGAACUUUGAAGAACAUUUUACGUCCUAAAGAGAUUAUAAAAUACAGUUCUUUCAGUUGCAGUGAUAGAUUAUCUGCCGGAUUAUUCUAUGAUUUUAUAAAACCUGAUAAAUACACCGUCUAUUAAUUGACUAUUUUUAUUCAUAGACUCAUCAGUGAGCGUGAGAAUCCAGAUGAGAGCUACUCGCUUGAAAUGUCCGUAUGCGAAAUUUACAACAACGAAGUUCGGGAUUUGCUGGCUGGAAAGAAUGCUUCUAGGGUUAGUGCACUUUUGUCUUGUCUUGGUUUUGUCUUGUUUUUUCUUCUUUCUUGUUUGAUUGUUUCUUUUUCCUCUUCAAACGGAUAACGUCUAAUUUUAUGUUCUAAUUGGUAUCUAAGAUCAAGAAAUGUCACUGCAUUUAUGUGAAGGACACAUCCUCGGUUAUAAUUCUUGCCAGUUAAGACUUUCUCAUUAUAUUUCGUAAUAUGUCCAUAACAGCCUGCCGAAUGUGUCUCAUCUUCCAGCAAUAAAUGAGAGGAUUCAAAGAGGAAUUCAGAAACAGUAGGGUCACAGUGUAAAGUUGCAUUGUCUUUAUGGUGGCAUUUUGCCCAAGGAUUGAAUACAUCACUAAAAGACAUGCAUUUGGUAAAUAACAAACCAGCAACGCCAAGUAGACAAAGAGUGUUCCGGUUGAAGAUUUAGUUAACGUUGCAGCAUUUCGCAAAAGUUCCUUUUUCCUUCCAAGGUCUUGCCCUCGCUGUGUUGUAAUCUGCUUUGUAUGGCGUUUCGCGGUUACAUACAACUUACAGUAAAGCAGCGCCGCAAUAACAAGACAUAAACUGUCGGUGAUGGCGAAGGCAAUGUAAAUAAUUUGCCUAGCAGCCCAUGGCCUUGGUAAAGAAAUAGCUGCGCUAGAAAUCCAUAUUAAAAUCACUGAACCGACUACUAGCCUGUGAGUCGCAAGUUCCUGGUAUCUAAGGUGAAGAUGAAUGGCCAAAAAUCUGUCUGCGCCAAGUGCUAUCACACCAAAAAGUGAAGCAUGAAUAAGUAAAUUUGCCGCAACAAGAAACGCGUAUUGCGUGGCAUCAUAAGCGUGUCCGUUGUAAGAAAUUUGUUUCAAGUCCAUUAUGAUCAAUGCAAUGUGCAGAGGAUGGACAAGUAAGCCAACUCCUAGAUCCGAAACAGUCAGGCUCAGGAGUAAUGUUUUUAGCUGUUUUGGUAGCGGCAAAGCUUUUCUUAAGGCCUUAAUGGUGACACUGUUCAGGAAUAUAGCGGUAAAACAUAGGAGACCGUUGAGGACUGCGAUUGCGACGUAUGAUGAAUGGACAUCUUGAGUUUCUUUCAUUACAGAACUUUCUUUAGUUGUCUAAGUAGUCAUGCGAAUGACGAAUGACGUUGAAAGCUCAGCCAAAUCGUCGUAAUGGACAAACUAUGUUAGUCACGUUUGUGAAACUUACCUCGAUGUAAGCUGACGUUUAAGCGAAGGGGAAAGAAUUGUCACCCAAUUUGGCUUUUCGAGUUGAAGAAUCGACACAAAAGCUCAGUUUUUUUGCCCAAAGCAAGUGGACAGACAAGUGUUCUACCGUCAUUUUCUGCUAUUUGAAUAUAUUUUCCUUGAUGAAAACCUGCCAAUAUCAUAUAGUCACACCUGCAGUGGAAGCGUAUCAGGAAGGCAAAUAUUUAAAAAUUAUUCUUUGAAAUCGAGGUGAACAGUGGCUGAAUAUCAGUUCCUAAAGCCACUAUUCACCGAGAUUGAAAAGAAUAAUUGUCAGUCUAGUAUAUACACACGAAGUAAUCUCAACAAAACCAGAGAGGAAACCCAUUAAAAAGUACGAUUUGAUUGACGGAUCAAAUCACGCAAAAGAUUUAAAAUAGAUCUUUGCAGAAUUUUCAGACAUGACAAAUCACAAGUUUAUUAUUUCGCAAACAGCGUCAUGGCUUAAAUGAAACCGUUAAACUUUUGAAUUGUUUCCUUAUCUGAGAAGAAACUAAAAGUAGAGCUUUGUUGUUUUCUGUUGACUCGCCAAGUUUAUAGUCAAAAAGGUUUGUUGUGCCGCUCUUCGCAUGGAGUGCUGACAAAAAUAGCGGCUCGGUUGCUCGAGGUAAGACAUCGUCUUCCUAUAGCAUUCUUUUUCCUAUUAACUUGAAACAUAUAAUUUCUGUGAACAUUUGCUUUCAAAUUUGUUUGUCAUGAAUAUACUUCGAUUUUUGGGCCAAAUUUUUCUUGUUAGGAAACGCUGAGUUCACGAAACGGCCUCUUCUACGCGAACAAACGGGAGUUGUAAACAAUCUAUCGAGCCCAAAACUCAGCUACAGUAAAUGGAAAAGCGCCGUUUUGAAUCCUUCGAAGUCUUUUCUUGCCUUUAAAAAAGUCAACCCAAGGGUUCUGUCGACUUUUAAAAGAUCAUUCUCUAAAAAAAGGGAAAAACACCGAGCUCAUACAUUAUGCACUUCCUAGGAGGUGAAUGUUGUUGAACAGUCCGAGAUAGCCAACUAAUCAGAUUGCUUAAAUCACCAAGGUGACUGAGUGUGUAUACAGCUAUUUCGAGAGAGGUUGUCGGAAAAAAUGUGCACGCGACAAUCCCGAAAGGUAGUAUGGGAUAUGAUCAAUACUUUUGUUGCUGUCCUUUAGCACUCACAGACAUAUGUCCAUGGCCUCUCCUGCCAUUCUUUCAAAUUUCCUUGAAAAACGGUGAACUCAAAAACAACCCACAAUGCCUUUCGGGGUUGUCACGUGCACUUUAUCCGACAACCUUUCUCAAAAUACCUGUAUACUAAGUAUGUAUGUAUGCAUGUAUAUCACCGCAUCUGCCUCGAUUUCAAGUACGGCCUUCGAAGUCUGCGAUCUUUCAUUCGCAGUCAAUCGAUUCAGAAAGAAAACAAAAGAACACGAAUAAAGUGUGAUGUGGAAAACUUUAAGCGCUUGCGAAAUCCUGUUUUUCGGAUAGAAAGCCACGUUUUUGCAUGCGAAGAGUAUGAAUGCAAGUGGAGGUAAAAAAUUCCCAUGAAUUGAAGCGAUACGUUUCUCAGAAUAUUUCAAGCAAUUCCUGGAACUCUACGGUAAAUAAAGUCGGUGUUUUAACUAAAUUUGUUUUCAGCUAGGCUUUGUUGUAUUAAUUUAAUCGAUAAAUUGCUUUAGUUAUUAAGAGUUUUUCUUCAAAGUGACAAGGUUUGUUUUCCCUUGGUAGUAAAACGUUUUAUACACGACGAAAGCAAAGAUUGAAAAUGAUUUGAUACCCUAACGAAGGUUUAUGAACCAGUUUUAAUUUAAUAUUAAACUCGAUUGGAAAUUCACUCUUUCACUCUCUUCAACGCUCGCGUGCUCUUAACUUAUAAUACCCUGAUUUAUUCUUACUCGUGACUUUUAUGCAAUGAAGCUUGAUAUAAACACUUAUUUCGGUUCAAAGUUCAGUUUUUAUCGAUCGCCUUCGUGUCGUGUAGCAUUACAUGCACAGUAUGUGACACGGUUAAUGUCAAAUAUCAACAAUCGAAAUAAACUGCAACUGAUGCAAAUUAAUUGAAAUGCCAUGCUUUAUUCGCAACACUUUACUUUCCACUGGAAACUACUAGUUUAAUCUUAUCAUAGAACAUCAGACCGGCCACUCUACCAUGUUAAUUCGCUGUCUUGUUUGCUUGAGGGUAUGCAGGUGUCAUUUUUUGCGCAAAAAAAAAUUAAGCGGCCCGUGAUAUGAAAAUCAUGUUUGGUGAUGUUUUAGAUAAUGCGCAACAGCAUAUGUUAAGUACAACAUAAAAAAAAAGUAACAAGACAUUUUUUUGUUCGUAGUGACUCCUAAGGUAGCUGUUGAUGUUGUUUUUUGUUUUUGCUUUUUUUGACAAACUUCAAUCCAAAGUCAGUUAGUGGUGAAAAUGUUAUAGCUAUCGGACAAGGAUAAAAUCCCUUUUUAGGCGAUUAAAUAACAUUGAUCAGCCUUAAACGACCGGACCAUUUUUUAAACGGCAAAUAUUCGACGUAUUCUUUUGUUUUAUGUUUCCCUUAAGCGGUCACUGACCCUCCCCACAAACAACGUUUGAGGGGAGGGAUGAAAGACGAGCUCCCCUAAAAACGCCUGCGUGGAAGGCUAGCGGCCACCCAGCUAUCCUGCGAAUUCAGCCGUUUCACCUUGCUCCUCGCCGCUUGGGACGUUUCGCCCGGAGGAACGUCUGCGACUCAGCGACUUUUAUUCCAUACUGAUGUCGUAAAUCAAUGUUUACAUAAUAAAUCUGGUAUAGUCUUGGAGUUCCAAAUGUAAAUUUGUUUGAUUUUUGUUUCUCUUGGUCGAUUAUGGUAACGUUUUGUGUUCUUUUGCAAAUGAGCUCCAGCCUAGCCUCCCACGCAGGCGUUUUUAGGGGAGCUCGUUUUUCAUCCCUCCCCACAAACGCCUGCUCAACCGAAGACAACAUUCCUUUCCCAUGCUUAGCCAAUCACAUUGUACUUUCCAAAUUCUGGAAAGUUGACCUUGACCGCAAGGUAAUCUGAUAAUUACUCGAUCUGCAUGAAACACUGGAAAAACUUUCUAACCUCCAAUAAAUGUUAGAUUCACAGCGGCAAAAACAAGGUUUGAUCAAAUUUUAGAAUACUCCAUGCACUUCAUAACCUUAACGAAGGAAAGAAAAGAAGGAAAACGGCAACUGUAGGGUCACGUUUAAGUCUCGUUUAGCCUGUCAACACUUUAUUGCACAACUGUUUAUUGGUCACUUACCACGCAAAUAAAACAAUGGGAAAGGAAUGCUGUUUCCGGCUGAGCAGGCGUUUGUGUAGACUUACUACAAGUCGACCUCGUGGCGAGCGAAGCGAGCCUUGUUUGGCCGCCAAGCGGCCGACCGCGAGCAUAUGGAAUCCGAUGAAGGACUUUUUUGAAAGUCUAAUAUUCUAAGAAUAUUGACUUUUUUGUAAUGGUUCAUCACGUUUACAUUUGACCUUUGUGGCCUUUUGUCUUUAGUCUGUAAUUCAGAAACAGUAGGUAAAACAAUAUAACUACCACGUCCACCAAUCAGAGCUCCUGACCAGAUUCCGGACAGAUUCUACGUCAUCAGUACGGAAUUUCUGUCGCUGAGUCGCAGACGUUCCUCCUGGCGAAACGUCCUCAGCGACGGGGAGCAAGGAGAAACGGCUGUUUUCACCACCCGGCAUGAUCUCGUAUGAUUGUAAGAAAAUCAUUACUUGAGUGUUACAAAAGCUCAGUUUUUAAAAAGCACUGUCCAAGCGUGCUGACAGAUUACAAAAGUCUACUUACAAAAAAGACGACUGUAAUACGAUCUGUAGGGGAAAAGGUGGAUUGUAACAUUGACGCAAAAUAUUUGCAUCAAUUGUAAGUUGUGUUGAGUAGUUCCAAGAGCUAUUAAGUGAAACGUUAUUGCAAGUUGUCUGUUUACCUAAGUUGUAGCUUGUGAGGUAACUUCAUGUAUUCUCCUUAAUCAGUUCAGUUUGAGCUCAUUUUCUUGAUUUUUUUUUAUUAUUCUGUAGACGACAACCUCCCGUAAGAGACCACUUUGUCGUGCACUAAGGGUGGUCUCGCUUACGAGAGAGUUGACUGUAUGAAUGCUACCGUGGAACUUCCUGAGUUUGUUGCCUGCUUGUUAUCGGCCUUUUUUUCAGUUUUAACUUCUCAUCAUCUUCUUAAUAUGUCCAUGACAGCUUGUCGAAUGUGUCUCAUCUUCCAGCAGUAAAUUACAGGGUUCAGAGACGAAUUCAGAUAUGUCAGAGUCACGGUAUAAAGUUGCAUAGUUUCUAUAGUGGUAUUUUUUCCAAGUAUUAGAUGCAAGACUAAACGACAAAAGUUUGGCAAAUAACAAGCUAGUAACGCCAAAAUGACAAAGAGAAUGCUGACUGAAGACUUAGUUAUUACUGCGGCAUGUUCGACCUCGUUUCCCCUCUCCAUCUGUUGCACUUGCUGCAUUUGAAUCUGCUUCAUAUGGCGUCUCGCGGCUACGUAUACUUUGCAGUAAAGCAACGUGGCACAAACGAACCAUGAAACUUCAAUUAUGACAAACAUGAUGUACAUUAUGUUUACAUCAAUCCACAGCCUCAUUAAUGAAAUAAUUGCGCAAAACAUCCAGACAAAAAUCACCAAAGUAACAACGCGUCUACGAGUCACAAGUUCCUGGUAUCUCAGAUGGAGAUGAACUGCUAAGAAUCUGUCUACGCCCAGUGUUAUUACGCCAAAAACUGAAGCGUAUCCAAGGAAAUUAGUCGCUAAAAGAUAAGCGAUCUCCGCAGCUUUAAAAGUAUAUCCGUUCUCAGGUAACUGUUUCAGCCUCACGAUAAGAAAUGCGAUUUGCAGCGGAUGCACAAGCAAGCCAACUCCUAGAUCUGAGACAACCAGGCUUAGAAGGAGUAUUUUUAGAUUUCUUGGUAGCGCUGAAGUUUUUCUUAAGGCGUGUAAGGUUGCACUGUUCAGCAAAAUAGCGGUCAGACAUAACAGGGCGUUGAGGACGCUGACGGCGAUGUAUGAUUUUUGAAUGGCUCGAGUUUCCUUCAUUAAAGAGUUGUCUUUUUAGAAACGUACAAGUUGUAUAAAUGGGAAUACGGCUGGUGGAUGACAGCGAUCAGGAAGAGUUCAGCCAAAGCGUCGUAGAAAACACGCUGUGUUUGUGAUAUUUAUGAAACGCAACAUCACUGAACAAAUAAUUCGGUGCAUAUUAGAUAAAUUAGAAAAUAACUUGAGCAGGAAAACUGACGCUUAAGCUAAUAAUAAGAGUGACAAAUUCUCUUCUGAUUUUCCGAGUUGGUCAAUCGACAGAAACGUGCAGUCUUUUUGAAUACCUAAAGCAGGUGAACCUUUUAAAAUUUUCAUCAGUUUUAUACCUAUUUGAAUAUUCUUUACUUAAUGAAAAUACAACAGAAUCGUAAAGUUGCACCUGCAGCUCUUGAAGCCAGUUGGAAAGCACCCAGAAUCAAAACUUAUCUUAGAACAUUUGAUCGGCCAUCUACACUUUAUACUUCGCUACCUUGUUUGCUUGUAUUCAUGUCUUUUUCCCCCCCCAGAAAUUAGGCGGCCCUUGAUUAUGAAAACCGAAAGAUGUGAGGUUGGAUGAUGCGCGUGGAGAGCAUAUAUUAACUCGUAAAUAAAAUAAAACAUGGGGAUUUAGAGGUAUAGUCCGGGGCCAUGUGUAAUCCCGUGGGCAUUUCAUGAACAUUUUAGUUUCUUGAAAGAAAUCUAAAGUUUAAGAGGUGUUAAAUCGUAAGAAAGUUGUCUGCAAUUUUUUCGAAGUCGUGUAAGAUUAAUUUAUGCAAAUUACAUUCAUGACCCCUAAAACACAGGGUACUCAAGUCUGGCUUUGUUAUACAUAGCCGAAAUCACUCACAUAAUCCAAAAGAAACUGUGCACAAGCGCGCUUUUAAGUCUGUUCUAUCAUAUAAAGCCUCUAUAAUGCCUUCUCCGAAAAUUUAGAAUUCUUAGCUGAUGGGACUAGAUUUGAAGGUCCUCAUCGUCACUGUUAUGCGUUCUAACAUGCUUAACUGUGUCAGUGUUAAAGUUUCUGUUCGUACGUUUCACUUUACAUGAACCAGACAUAUCUGUCCAUUAGAGGUUGUGCUUCCUGCACGUACAGCUCAUUGUGAAGCAUGCGAAUUUCAUCGACACUGGAUCAGCUGGGUAAGGUGCUGGUAGGGAGUGUGGCUGGAACAGGCUGCAUCCCCAUCUUUUUUUUUUUUUUUUUUUUUUUUUUUUUUUUUAUUUGCUUUACUUAACCCAAUAAUUACAAUAUUGAACACUGCUUACACUGCUUACAUUAUUUACAACAUUCAUACCAUACUUACAAUACUGACAAUACUUAUUGCUUACAUUGCUAACAAUACUACUGUUUUCAAACAUUAUUACAUUUCGUAUGCUUCAAGUACACAGUUGCAUCGGAAGAAACUUAUUUAAGGAUAGUUGGUGUUAUUGAGGCAGGAUAAGCUACGGAUGAAAGACAUAGAGAAUAUCAGGGGCGUUGGGAAUAGCGCCAUGGUAGAAACGAUAGUUUCUACGUGAUGUCGUGUAGGAAUGACCAUUGUUUGGGCAGAACAUUGUUUGCUUCUGCUUGUGCUUGUAUGUUGUAAAUUGUCUUUAGGUGUUUGAGAAAUCCUUGCAAUAGAGGUAUAGCUUCUUUUGUUUUGCAGAGCCAGAUAUAGUGCCUGGCAAUAAGAAAACAAAAGUUGAUCUGGCGUUGAAGUUUAGAAGAGUCUGAUCUCAGGCCUAGUGAAACAGUCAUGUCUGCAGAGUAACUAUCGGGAAUAAUUUGGCAAAGUUUUAAUCGCGUUAUGAUGCUCUCCCAGAAGAGCGCCGUUUUGGGGCAGGACCAGAAAAGGUGUACGAGUUUUUCUGGUUCUUUUUUUUACAAAAGGAGCAGUUGGAGUUUUCUUUUACUCUUAUCUUAGUUAAGAAAGCGUUUGUUGGUAUUCUUCUGUGCAGCAAUUUAAAUUGAAAUUCCCUGAGUUUUAUGCUUUUUGUGAUUUUAUGAGUUAGCUGGUAGGUCGCACCCCACGUUAUUUCGUUUUGACCUAAGUUGCAGUCUUGAUUCCAUUUUUGCUGGCUUGUAGUAGGGGGGGCACUUUUCUUUGUAAUUAAUUUGUCAUACACCAACUUGCUUGCUUUUUGGGCUUUCAUUAGUUUUGUCGAAAAGCUUUCGUAACUAUUACCUUCGUUUGUGUGGUCACCUUGGUUGAAUGUGUUGCAUAGCUUUUUAAGAGCAGAAAUUAUUCCACAGUAUGCCAAGGGUUGGACCUUGAUGUCGUAUUUGUUUAAAAGUUCUGGUGGAGUGAGGAAUUUUCCUUCUCUGUUCCUUAAGUGCUUAACUUUUGUGAUGCCUUUACGAUACCAUUCUUUAAAGAAAAUAGGGCUGUCGUUAAUCCUUACAAGUGAGUUGUACCAUAUGCCUUGUUCUGAAAGCUGGCUCUCUGAUGUUAUCCUCUCUUCAAAAUUGAUUUCUGACCAGAUUAGGAGAAUUUCCUUUAAGAAACUGUCUUGCGUUUUGAAGAUAUUAGCUAUGUCUAUCUUAUUAAGGUUGCUUGUGAAAGGUAGGGUACACUCAAACUUUUUCAGUUCAAGAUCUAGAAAAAGUUUCCAUUUACCCUGAUUAUCUGUAUCCAGGUACUUUUUUAUCCAAGUGGUUUUUAGCGCUUUAUUGAAAGAUAGUAUGUCAAUCAUUUUGAGGCCACCUGCUGGGUAAUUGUUAAUCAUAAUAUCUCGCUUUAUUUUAUCGCCCUUUCCGUUCCAAAGGAACAAGUAAAAGAGCUUGUUAAUCUCGCUAAUUAUUUUUUUGUUUGUGCACAAGGGUGCCAAGACGUACACAAUUUGAGAAGCUACUAAGCUUUUCAGAACAGUGAUCUUCCCACUUAAGGUUAAUCUACGGUAUUUCCAGUUGCUUAGAAUAUUGUUAAUUUUUUCCAGUUUUUCCUUAUAAUUUAGAAGUACAGUGUUUUCAGGGUCUGUCGUAAACCAAACGCCUAAAGAUUUUACUUUGUUUGUUUGCCAUCUGAAAUUUCUUUCUGGAAGAAGAAUUUCUGUUUUUCCACUAUAUGUUCCGAUCCAAAUUGCUUCUGUUUUUUUUACUGUUGAGUUUGAGACCCGAGGCUUCUCCAAAAUCGUCGAGUGUGUUGAGAGCAGCUGAGAGCGACGUUUGUGAACCAUUUAAUAUUAAGGUUGUAUCGUCUGCGUAUUGACUUAUUUUAAUUUCCUCUUGGUUAACGUGUAUUCCUCUGAUAUUGCUGUUUCUUUUAAAAGCCUUGGCUAAGACUUCAACUGAAAGAACAAAUAGAUAUGGAGACAACGGGCACCCCUGCCUGACCCCUCUUUCAAUUUUAAAGAAAUUGCUUGUCCAGCCGUUGUUUAAGAAGCAGCUCUCUAUGUUGCUGUAAAGGCAUUUGACCCAGUUUACAACACUUGGGCCGAAACCGAAGUAUUGAAGAGAAUUUAUGAUAAAAGGCCAUUCAAUCGUGUCAAAAGCCUUUUCGAAAUCAAGAAAUAAUAAUAGCCCUGGGAUAUUUUUUUUCUUUGGUAAAACGAAUAACAUAGUCUAUUAAUCGUAUGUUCUCGCCAAUAAACCUGCCUUUCAUAAAGCCAGUUUGAUCACAGCUGAUGAGAUCGGGAAGAACCUUUUUCAGCCUGUUAGCCACAGCCUUUGCUGCAAUUUUGUAGUCGCAGUUGAGAAGAGUAAGCGGUCUCAGUUUUUAAUGAAAUACGGCUCAGCGUCUUUCUUGGGAAUGAGUUUGAUUACUCCUCUUCUUUGUGUGAUGGAAAGCUGACUCGUUUCGUGCGCAUAAUUAAGAGCGUUAAUCAAUAAGUUUGAUAUGUUUGUCCAAAAUACUCUAUAAAAUUCUGCAGGUAGCCCAUCAGAUCCAGGGUUUUUCCCUGUUCCAUGGUUUUCAGGGCUGCAAGGCAUUCCCUUUCUGUUAGCAGGCCUUCACAGUUGUUCCGUUGUUCGUCAUUCAGGACGGUGUCGUUUUCAUGUUUAAAAAAAUCAUAUGUGUCAAUUAAAUUGUGUAUAUUUCUGUUGGAUGUAUAUAGAUUCAUAAAAAAAGAUUCCCCUUCUGCUAAUAUUUCCUGAUCCGAAGUAAUAAAGUUAUUUUCGUCCACUUUAAGUUGGCUUAUAAUGCCUUGCUUAUAGUGUCUCUUUUCUAGGUUGAGGAAAUAUUUCGUAUUUUUUUCUCCUUCAUUAUGCCAUUUAAUUUUAGCUCUCAAUAUGGAACCUUUCGUACGAGUCUCAAUAAUUCUUUCUAACUCGCUCUUUAGAUCAUUCAGUUGUUCCCCAUCUUGUUGCCAUUCGUGUAGCGUUAGGCUAGGAAUGCUAGUAUUGGGUUGUCGCAAGACUUCGAUACCAAUGCAACGAGAUUAGCUCAUUUUGUCAUCUUGUGUACGGCUGCUUUAGCAGGGUGUAGCAAUUUAUCUACUUAGUGUGUGUUGCUAUAAAGAAAGAAUCUGACCUCUCCUAGGGCUCUCUCAGCUGUGUCGAUGGGAUGUACAACUGGCAGACGAAGCGCUUUAGCUUUAUGUACAUAUCAUCUGGGAUGGUGUCGCUGUUUCCUAGGCUAGAGAAGGUAUCGAGCAUCGGUAGUUUGGCUUUCUUUAGAUUAUUCGAAAAACACACUUUGCUUUUUCCACUGAUGGUGCCUGUCUGAUCACAUCCUGAAAAAGCGUGAAAGCCAGGUAAAGCCUUCACGAGGUCUUCUCCGACCACCUCGUAGAGUUGUCCUAGUGGAGUACUUCUUCCUUUUCCUUCUGUCUCUGCAGUCAAUGUAGUAUCCAGACAAAGUCUCUUGUAAGUCCAGAGCGUCAGAACGAGUACAUCUGUAUCUUGGCUUUAAAUGAAUGUGGACGUUUCUCCUCUCUUUGUGGUGUCUAGACCAUGCAGUACAGUAUUAGAUGUCAUGCAGUCACCUUUAGAAUUUACCACAUACAUCAUCUGCGAGUCUUUCUUGCACUCGAUGAGUUUUGUUGCAAGGAUUAUAGCCAGUGCCUCCUUAUUCUGGUUCCAGUUCAAAAGAUCUUUCAUAGUUGUUUUGUCAAUAACAUCAUCGACAGUAAUCAUUGUAUAUCCCUGCUCUGUUUGUAACCAGUCGUUAAACUGGCGCGUUACUUCCUUUACGGAGUAGGGGAUCUAGUAGUGGUCAAAUACAAAUGAACCUAGGUGGAAACAUUAGUCUUAGCAUCAACGACUUCUAUGAAAUGGCUUGCUAGGUCACGCUUGUUUCUUACCCACGAUGGCGUUCCCAGUGACUGAACUGCUGCAAUGGCAUAAAAAAUUACUAAACGCGUACUGAAACGGUCUGGAGAGCGAGGUUGUACUGUAGGCGUUUGUGGCUACUGAUGAGGUAGAAGGCCUUCUAGGAUGUUAAUCAGCUUGCUCUUGGCAAUUCAGUGUAGCAAACUACCAUCAGAGGAGAAGGGUGUACUCGGAAACUCAGCUAACUUAAAAGUGCUUAUGGUAUCUUCCAUGUGAAGAUCAGGCCUUGAGAGAAUCACAACUAAGAAACCUGUGAAGAGAGCUCUCUCAUCCUUUAAGGGUGCGAUUCCACUAGUUUUUUUGUUUUUCUUUGUUUGCCAAACAAACUUCCAUGACUUGAGAUGUACCUUUUGCUUGGGGCCUCGACGAUUUUUGCUUGAACAAACUAAUGUGCCAAAAUACGACUGACCAAUGUCAUUUUGCAUUAGCACUCCCUCCUUGAUGUAAUAUAGCAUAACUGCUUUUGUGAUGAUGUUCACCAGAUGACUUUCUGUCGCGAAAGGGUCACUCACUUAAAGCACAUCUUUAAGCUUCUGUAUAUUCUCUUUAUAGCGCUUUGUUAGCACAUCGCUUAAAUCAUGAUGGUGUGAUGAUGGAGCUCUUUGUAAUCCCACCAUUUCCUCAGCUUGCGCCGCAAGUCGACUCAGUUCUGGGGCCUCAAGGAACCAUCUUCCCAUGGCUGCUGGUUGCUGUGUCCUCCCCGAACCUUCAUCAACUUGCUGACGUGUUCUAUAGCAUGGUCCGGGCCAAUUGCACAGAAUGGGCGCUCCUUCUUGGUUAUACAAAAGUUUCUUUGCAUGAAUUCAAGGCAAAUAUCGGGAUCAUCGAUCUUAAAGCUGUGCAUCUGCGCUAGAUGUAUAUACUGGCACCACUCGUGCAAAACUCAGCCUGCCUUGAGCAAAGAAAUACCGUGCCAAAGCCUUGAGGGACUCAAGGUGAAGAUUCCAGUCUUACACAUCACAAACGUCAUGUAGUCCUGUGCAAACUUGAGUUAGUAGAAACACGGAAACUCCAUGACCUUUUCAAAUCACAAAAGCCUCUCUUGAAGCCCGUCGGUUUCCAUUGCGAUUAAAAAGUCUUUGAGUUGUGUUUCGUCCCUCGCUCACUUUAUCGACCUUGCUGGUAGAUGAUGUUCAUGGCAAAAGAUGCUAGGAUUUCACUUGUGUAAUCGGCUUCGCUCGCCAAAAACGCCUCCAUAUGCAAAUCACUUAGAACAGAGUCUGUUAUGAUGUGAGGUCAGAGUACGCUUCAUACGUUCCCCUUCAAGAAUCUAUCGCAUUGUAUUUGAGCCAUAUCCCCGUCGCUAACCAUUCUUCGUAAAAGCAACUGCCCUCGAUUGAUGCCCCAAGGGUGCGUUAAGAGGUCAUCGUGCAUGAUCAUGUGCAUCUCGCCGAUUCAGGAAACCAGGUCGUCUAACUGUGGGACCUUCCUAAACAUAGUAUACACCCAUUUAAUUUUAUUAAUGAAUGUAUUGUUUUAAUGCGGCAAAUUGAUAAUAAUAAAUAAAUAAAACUCCAUAAUCUUGGGGUAUUCUCCAGAUAAAUUGCAUACACAGUAGUAGUCGUCAGGUAAAUAUGCCUUCGCGCACUAAAAUCAAAUAAGAGAGGAAGAAUAACCUGAAAACAAAUAAGGUGUUGAGUUUUAAACCACGGGGAGACCAUCAAACGCAUGCCUUUUCUAGCUGGACUCAGACAGGAUUAUACCAUAUAUUUUCUGGUGUUUAAAAAUCGGCAGAGAACAGAAAGAGAACUUUAAAAAGCUGGAGAAUUGGACUCGUAAAUUCAAAGGGAAUUCAUUAAAAGAUGUAGUAAAUAUCUGGAGAAAAGAAAAGACGUUUCUGAAAUGACAACCCGUGUAUCUUGCUUUAAAUAAGUGGUCCAUUCGUUCAUUCCUUGAAACAGUCAAAAUGUGAUGUAAACUGCAGUUGUAAAUGCAUUAUUAUAUUUGAUUCACAAAGUCGCGAAUCAAACUGAAGGCAUUUUGUUGUCAUUCAUCAGCUAUAUAAUGACGUCAUGUCUAAUUUGUAUAAAACAGGCCUAAAUGGCUCUGGAAAAAUUGCAGACAACUUUUUUUCGAUUCAGCACCAUUUAAACUGUAAGUUUCUGCAAAGAAACUUCAAUGUUCAUGAAAUGCCCACGAGAACGAUUUUUCGGACACAUGGCCCUGGACUAGUAGUCCAAUCAAAUACAUUUUUAUAUACAUUUUUUUUUAUUUAUUCCCAACGGCUUUUAACGUAGCCAUUAAGGUUGGUUUAGUUUUUGUUUUUGUUUUUAUUAUUUCUAACUUUGCUAUCGGAAAAUAGUUGUUAACUUAAUUAAUAUAUCCUGCGAGCAGAAGUUUCUUUCUGGCGUGGCUUUUAGCAUUUUUAAAGUCGUUUUCGUGGCUUGUAAGUCGGUUAGUUGGUUUGUUUACGCCCCGAGAGAAACGGGACUACACGACUGAAAAGCGACCCGAACGACGUUAUGCCAGAAAAAACCCCUGCUCGCAGGGUAAGGCUAACGAAAAUUGUGCAUGGUAGGCGCGGCGUUCAGGCGCAGUAAGACUGGCUACAUGUGUAUUCGCUAUUCGUUGCAACAAUGAAAAAUGAGCUGAGUUGCUUUUACCUUUUAUCUUAAACGUUUCAGUUGCACUAUUUUGCUAAAUAUGUCCGUAACUGCUUGUCUGAUGUGUCUCAUCUUCCAGUAAUAUAUUAAAGGAUUAAACGACGAAUUCACACACUGCAGCGUCACUUUGUAAAGCCGGCGUUGUUUGUCCAAGGAUAACAUACAAGAUAAACAAACACAUUUUUGGGUAAAUAACAAACCAAUAAUGCAAGAAAGACGAAGAGUGUUCCGGUUGAAGAUUUAGUCAUUAUUCCAACAUUUCUCAGAAGUUCAUUUUUUCUUUCCGGCUCCUGCCCUUGCUACAUUGUAAUCGGCUUUAUAUAGCAUCUCGCGGUUACAUACAACUUACAAUAAAGUAACCCCAUAAUGUUUCUAUGAUGGCGAAGAAAAUAUAAAUAAUUUGCCUAUCAGCCCAUGGCCUUGUAAACGAAAUUGCUCCGCUAGAAGCCCAUACAAAAAUCACUGAUUAAGUCACUAGUCGCCUGUGAGUCACAAGUUCCUGGUAUCUAAGAUGGAGAUGAUUUGCCAAAAAUCUAUUCCCAAAAAGCGAAGUGUAUAUGAAUAUAUUAGCCACCAUAAGGAGCGCGUCACGCGUGGCUUUAUGAACGUGUGCCCCUCCCCCCUACUUGCCUGUUGUAUAUAUAAAUGUUUUAGGAGCUCCCCUGAAUAAACAAAGAAAAGCCGGGAUUGUUACGUCUUUUGUCUGUUGUUGUCGUUGUAUUUCUUUUGCUUCAAUUUUUUAACGGUUUACCUGUUUGUAUCUGCAGCUUGAUAUUGUUACCAGUAGCGAGGGAGCGACCGAAAUACCGUCUCUUGUUACCAGGUAUUUAUCACUGUCAAAUGUUUGAAAACGCUUGGAAAAUGGUCACAUAUGGCUUUCAUAGCAGUUUUUUUGUCGCAGACAAAAUUACCUGCGUGUCCUUAACAUUUCCGCAGUGUCUGUAGUACCAGCGCGAACGAUUUCUUGAUCAUUUGUAUUGUUGACGUGCUUUUAAAACUAUAUAGGAUCUAUUCAAUUAAAUUGUACCGUUUAAUAAACUUUACUGACAAUGCUCGUAGUAUAGUAAACUUCUAUACAGAAUACGUUCUAGGUAGUGUUUAUUUAAAUGGAAUUCAAUUAGAUUGUAUCAGUCUUUUACACAUAUAAGUAACACAGUAUGAAAAAUCCACCAGUUGAGCGAAGUCGGUUAAGUUCACCCCUUUGACAUUUUUAUUCAGAUUCAUUUCAUUAGAGCGUAAUGAAAACUUAAUUGAAGCUAACUUGAAAGCAGUACAAUUCAAUCAUUCUUUCUAAGAUGACUUUGUGACAAACCAAUUUUACCUCAUUUGCUUUUGAAAUAGGCAAAUUAAGCAACGGCGUCGACGAGCAUGGCGAAAACGUCUCUCAAAACUCACGCUGUUUCAAAAUUCAUCGCUCUUAUUCCAUGGCGUUCAAUUUGUCGAAUGCUGGCGAAUUUUUGUGGAGUUGAAUUCUAUAGGACUGUAUCUAAUUUAAAGAAAAAAGUCGUUUUCUUGUGCUCAUGUCCUCUAGAGAACGUGAAAUUCAUAGGCAGUUUCACGUCGUGGCCGUGCAACAACGGCAAAUAAAUGUGCAAAAAAGCGUCCACGUGUAAAGUUUUGUUUUGCUAAUUUAAACCUCUUGCUUUUGAUCCGCUCGCGAUGUCGUCGUCGUUGUUGCUUAAGCUCCGUAAUGGCAAAAAUAGGCGGUAAAGCGUGCUAACUAAUACUUUAUUAACGUUUAAUUUCCUCCCUUAGACCUGUAAACACGGUGCAAGAAGUCAUGACUGUCGUUUAUUAUGGCAUGAAGCGACGUCACGAAGACGCAACGAUGGUGCAUGCGCAUUCGAGUCGUUCACAUCUAAUUGUGCAGUUAACAAUUUACACUGUAACUAAUAACACCACCACGUCUUCCGUGUCGAGUGAUGCCGCACCCUCCCCCCCAGGAACUCCAACCAGAUCACGGCGAACACUUCCCACUCCCUCAGCUGGGCACAGCAGUAGAUCCCAGUCUCCCGCACCCAAAAGCAAGUCUGCGUCAGUGAGACGUUCACGGUAGGUAGCCUAUUUUUUGACAGCUUUCUUUAACAUAUUGUGACAAUAUGAUGCCAAGAACUUUCGCUGGUUAUUACAAAUGAACAUUCACUCUGUACUAUUUACUUCCUUCUUUCGACGAUUGUUGUUUUCCAAACGGCGUUCACCAGGCUUUAGUCUUUGCACUUGGCCAUAUGCCUGCGUCUCAGUCACUCUAAACCGCUGCAUAGUAUACCAAUCAGUAGCGGAUCUAGGGCAGGAGCCCGGGGGGCCGGGCUCCCCUUAUUUUGAGCCCACACUGAGGCCCUAAGGGCGAAAAAAAAUUUCUGAGACCCCCCUCCCCCCUUACCUGAAGGUCUGAAUCCGCCACCAGGGAGCAUAGGUGCCGCAGUGGUGAAAGCACUCGCCUCCCACCAAUGUGGCCGGGGUUCAAAUCCCGGCGUUGACGCCAUAUGUGGGUUGAGUUUGUUGUUGGUUCUCUCCCUUGCUCCGAGAGGUUUUUCUCCUGGUGCUCCGGUUUUCCUGCUCUCCUCAAAAACCAACAUUUCCAAAUUCCAAUUCGAUCUGGAACGCACGGACACGUUUAAACGAGGUCAUAUGAACUCUUAAGUGCUUCGUGGGUAAAAAAGCAAUUUACAUUUUUUUUUUUAUCUUUUUUUUACACUGCUAAUGGUCUAGACGAUGCGUAGGCUGGCAGCAGUGCAAGCUGUCUGCCAUCUAACACAUCUCAAAAUCUGAAAUGUUCUAAUGAUGUUCUUAGAUUGUCAUACGAUAGGCAAGAGAUUGUUGUUUUGGACAUUCAUUUGGUUCAUUUGACAUGCCACGUACUGUAUCCAGAUAAAAUCAAAUAAGCAGACAAUUAGCGUACGAGAAAUUGUAUGAUUGUUUGUAUGUAGAACAAUUGUCACAUGGGAAAGUUGCACCACGGUGCUGACUUUUGCAAAGCGUAAAAUCUAAUAGGCCAUUUCCAAGUUGCCUCAAGCCUCUCUUUCAAGGCGAGGCUAAGUGCGAAGCCAUUGACAUGAAAAUAGUUUUUAUUCACAUGCAAACAAAACUAAUUUUCACAAAAAGGGGUUUUGCGCUUAGUCUCGUUUCGAAUGACGAGAGUUUUUGGAACUUGUUGCCUGUUGUAAAUAAUAGUGUUACUACUAACAUCGUCAAAUUCUCCCUAGAUCUCCAGCACCUGGUACCGCUGCUGCUCGAUCCAGAUCUCCCUCCCCCACGCGGACAAAUGGUUCCUCCACUAACGGCAAACAGAGUGUUAAAACUAAACUACAGCUUGUCGACUUGGCCGGAAGUGAAUGUGUUGGUAAGAGCCUUAUUAAGACCAGGAAUUUUUUUAUUUUAAAUUGAGGGUGCUAUGAUUGAAAGAAUUAAUCGCUAGUUGUGGGUUUAUGAUUAACUUGGCUUCAACUGUAAGCUCGAUCUUCAUCGAAGUGACAACCUGCGAUAACUGCGCCGAAUUUGAUUAUGAGCGUGGCAAAAAGACAAGUUUUCGCUGCAUCCCAAGAGCUAGCUCGUGGUAUUUUAAUAUCUAGUCGUGUUUAUUUUCGCCAGUCAAGAACGCUGGGUUUUAAACUAGCAAAGCAAGUCUUUGGUCGGCCAAAUCUAAGAGCCACUUAAAUUCUAGAGAUCAUAAUGAUAUUUUUCAGAACGAAUAGUUUCUGUAUCUUUUGCAUUCUUCUUUAGUUUUGAUAGUUACACCUUGCAUGACCAAGUCCUGAACCGAUCGUAGUCUUCUGUUAAGAGUUCACAAACUGGACUAUGAAUAAUGAGUUGAAUAAAAUAUAUAUUUUAUUUAUUUAUUGUGUUUUGCUGAAUUUAAGGAAUGUCUGGAGUAACCGGAGCAGCGUUAAGAGAAACUUCGCAUAUCAAUAAAAGGUAUUUAUAGGUUUUGCUUUCUUGUUGUUGUUUUGUUUUGUUUGUUUCUCUUUCUUGGGCAAUUGAUUACAACUGAUUACAAUUCUGUCUCGUUUCUUGCGCAUGGAUUUCAGUGCAGCCGAAUAUUUAGUCAGUCUAUACGCCGAAAUUUGCAAUAUCGUAGUGUUUUAAAGUUCUGAAUGAAACCCGGUUACAAAUCCAGUCGUUUGUGAUAUCUGUGGUUGGUUGUUACGUGAUGUACCUCAAUUCAGACCAGACUGAAUGCCGUCCGUGAGUGUGAAGACUUUCCUCGAUGGCCACCUCGUUCCCAGGGUACUCUCGGCGUUCCUGCGGAGCGAGAGAUGAGUUGGAAAGUACCCAGCGAAAAAGGUUACCCUCGGAUGGAUCUUGAUGUAUCCAGUCUACAGUAUCUUUAAAACAGGCAGCGCAGCUGAUGCUACAGUUAAACCAGGGGUGUUGGGACGUAAUUUACGAGUGUGGCUAUUAUUUUCACCCCCUAAAACAAAACCUCAGGUACAGGCUGUACUUGACAAUAACACUAGUUAUUAGGUUGGCCACAAGGUCAGGCACACGUGCACCUCAUAGAUUCUACUGAUGACUCAUUUGAAAAUUGAAUUCUUUAGUCGUUGCCAUCAUAGAAUUUUAUGCAUUCCAAAGACUUUUCAUUCGGACCAAAUUCUUAGAAGUAGUAGACGGCCUCAUGUCUUUGCCAUCAUAGAAUUUUACCCAUUCCAAAGACUUUUCAUUCGGACCAAAUUCUUAGAAGUAGUAGACGGCCUCAUUUUAGCCGAAACUUCACUGCUCAUUAUGCUUUCAGGAAUGCAGAUUUAAAUUUGAUCCCAGUAGUGCAACGCCAACGGAAUCAGUUUUGAAAUAGUGAAUUCUUUUAUAUAAUCUAUGCGGGUGCUUUUGAUGAAGUUUGACCAUUAUCGUAUUAGAUAAUGAAACCAAGUUCAUAAGAUUUAACGAUGUGGGUCUCCUUGACUUUACCCUGGGUACCAGAGCUUUUUCUCGCGUACGGCGGGAAUUUUCGGUGUUGGCCGAAGGCCGACACAUCUUCGCCCGUAGGCCGAAGCCACGGCGGCGAAGCUGCGAGAAAUAUUUUUCGCGCGGGUCACUAUAAAGACUUGACAGAAACCGGAAACCGCGCUAGAAAAGUCGCUGGCAUCCAGGGUACCUUGACUUGUGAUAAACUCCGUCUGCGUAUCUCAAAUCCCAUUCAAACAGAUUCAAUGUUUUGGAUUGACUAAAGUCAUUCAAAACUGUGAGAUUCAUUUGAUUAGUCGCAUGGUGCAAACACGCCAUAUUGCAGAGAGAGCGAUGUAGCGAGAAAAAAAGGGAAAAAGCUGAAACUCAAAAAAAUAAUCUCCCGCCGCGUGUCUUCUUUCCUCGUGUGGGGUGAUUUUCACGCGCGCUCGCGUUUCGCUUGCUCUACUAUCUCUGAGGAAAAAUGGGGGACUACUCGUAGUCUAGCUUCUGCUACAAUGCUCGGUUUUUCAUGUGAUAUGUUUAAAUGCAGAGACCUCAUUUGUUUUGAAUUCUCACCCAACAACGUUUCUUUUGUUGCUAUACUUUACCAAAUCAACGCGCACUCAGUUAUGAUUUGCGUUGGUCAGUGCUAUGUUCGGUUCGAACAUCCGACAUCGGUAAUAUAACCCACCAGUGUUGGGCCAACAAUUCUGCUGGAGCUAUUUUAACGGUUACUUUGUUUGGUUACAGAUUGAGUGCCCUGGCUGAUGAACUAGGAACGUUAUCGGUAACCCACCUGUGUUGGGCCAAAAAUUCUGCCAGAGCUAUUUUUAAUGGUUACUUUGUUUGGUUACAGUUUGAGUGCCCUGGCUGAUGUACUAGGAGCAUUAUCGGAACAGCGCUCUCACAUACCUUACCGUAACACCAGACUCACCCAUAUGCUGCAGGAUACCAUUGGUAGGUUUGUUUAGUCUAGUGUUAAUGUGCCAGUAUUUCGAGACCCAGAACGAGCAGAGGCUAAAUAUUUUCGCUGUGUGAGCUGGCGUGCGAAAAGUUCUUAAAUGCCUCCAAGCCUCAUUUGCCGACAACCGUUUCAAAUCCGUCCAGACAAAAAAUCUGGACGAAUAAAUUCAAAAAAAACUGGGAUUUUUCCAUCUUUUUUGACCGGUUUAGAGAACAUUGCGUGAGUCUUGCGAAGAAACAAUGAAGCGGACCAGAGUUGUCACAUCUUUUUUAUUCCCGAAAUAUGGAAACAUGUUUCGCGCCAUUUUACGACAGACCUGACGAUUAAUUUUGCUUGCGAAUCGCGUGACGAAAAAUUUCGCUUAUGCACGAUUGACGAAUAAAUUAAAAAAAUUGAAGGGUUGUCUGCAGAGGUUACUUUUACGACAGACCGACGAUUAACGACAUGCAGCUCACGAUAGAAAAUUGAACAGAGGUUACUUUUCGCACGACAUGCAGCUCACACAGCGAAAAUGUAGUCUCUGCUCGCAGGGUAAUGUGUCAGUUGUGGAAACUUUUAAAUGUAUAAAGUCACGUGGACUACUGCUGACCUGUAAGCGUUACCAUGGGAGUGGAGAACAUAAGUCUCACAAAUAAAAGGUCUAAUGAGUUCAUGAGUUCAUGUCCUCUACAAGACGUGAAAUUAUAGGCACUUUCCACGGCCUAUUUAAAAGCUUGUUCGUGAUCGGGUUGAGGCCACAAAGUGCAUCGGUGUUGCUGCAUUUACCAUUUCCUUGUUGCUCAUAAUUCAGCUAGUUUACUAUUCCCCCCAAGAGCAUAUAUGCAUAAGAAUUGUUUUUGGUUUCGCCUAGGACGACUGUAAUACCAAGAAAAAUGACAGCAAUUCUUAUUCAAACUUUGCGUGUUAAAAGGUGUUUUUUUGGUUAUAUGAAAGUGGCGAAGAAUUAAGGGAAAAUAUCUAGACGGAAUUUAUGGGCUUGAGAAAAUCUCUUCAGAAUCUCUUAAGAACCCUACCAAGUUAGUUCUAACAUAACCUAGUCAUUGUGAGUGACAUAUUUCUUGUUAUUUUUAGGUGGAGAUGCUAAGCUUUUGGUAAUGCUCUGCGUUUCUCCUGCCCAGCGGUUCAUAACGGAAACUCUUCAGUGCUUAGGCUUUGGAUCGCGUGCUCGUCAAGUAGCUCGUGGUCAAACGAAGAAACGCCGGCCUACUUCAUUUGUUCCUAACAGCAUCAGCUUAGGUUUGUCAGUUCUUUGUGUGUGGUUAUACUACCUGCGAUCAAGCGGCCCUUCGUCCUUUUUUUUUGGCCUUCGCUUUUUCAACCUAACCCUAACCCUAACCCUAACCCCUUUUUCUUUGGCCUUCGCUUUUUCAAGCCCCCGAAAGAACGAAAAAAGAAAGAAAAGGAAGGGAAAGAGAGGAAAAAACAAAGAACACCUCAUCGCAUGUUUCCGAGACUUGGAAUUUAACAGUAAACCGUCAAUAAUCCAUUUUGGAGAUCUCCAGGCAUAUAUGAUAGCUGAAUGAAGGAGACAUAAACCAAUGCCGUUAGAUGUCGAUAACUAUUUUUCUAGGCUGCCGCUGCCCUUGAUAUAGAUAUUUCUCUUUAUUGCAGUUUAUUUUGAAAUACAGUUGAAACCCGCGACUAAGACCCUGCAUUUUUCCAAGUUAGCCUAAACAGGUUCUUACAUAUUAAAUGGUUGUUAGCACAAAUUUAGGCUGUUUAGGCUCUUAAAUAGGUUCUUAUUUUCUUAAGAAUAAAAUACGUUAAAACCUGUAUACCAUUACAAUUGCAGUUUGAGUAAUAAGGCACCUAUGUCUUCAAAGAGGAUCCUGAAUCUUGACUUAUCUUACCUUUUUAAGUAUGCAGAAUUUUAUUUGUAGAUUUUAGAAAAAAAGAACUUAUUUCAAAUUUUAGCCUAACAGGUUCUUAAAAACCAGGUUCUUAGUCGCGGGAUUUUACCGUAAUAUGCAUUCACGUUCUACUGCUUAAGCUUUCCUCUUUUACCACCAUCGGUUGCUGUUAUUUAUUUACUCAGUAAUUCUUUUUUUUUUUUUUUUUCAGAUCUCAGUCAGGUUGGACAGUCCUUAAGGAAUAACGGAAACAAUCUUUCUCCAAGAAUUUGGGAUCUUCGAGGAGGAGGACGUCGCAAAUCUAAUUUUAAUUUUGAUUAGCAUCUCGAUCAAUUUGAUAGCGCGAACAAAAAGUAGCAUUGUUAGUUGUUUCUUACUCUUGCCACAAAACUAUUCCUCUAGAAUUCCCGUACAUAAUUAGUUACGUUAAGCAUAGUUCUGUGACAAUGACGAAAACGGAUUAAUUUGAUAAGUGACCACCUACCCCUCCCCUAAGUCAAAAUUUACACUAACUUGUCACUUAGGGCAAAAUUGUGACGUAAGGGAGGGGUAGGUGGUCAGCUACCCAUGCAAAAUCCCAUCCUGGGUGCCAGAGGCUUUUCAUGCGCAGUUUCCAGUUUCGGCUGCGGCCUGCGACCGACAAAGCUCCUCGUCGCAGGCGAGAAAAAACCUCUGGUACCCAGGGUACCAUAAACCUUAAUUGAUUCCAAAAAUUUUCUUUCCUAUAAAAAUUUCAGUCAUAAUUCAUUUUGUACAUGUCUUGCCCAGUACGUAUCUUUCCAUUUCUGGUCGCAUCGUCAUAGAGACCAGAUUUUUGUUAAACGGCAGUUUAGUUUUCCCAUCAGCUCUGAACAGACUGUUGUAGCCAUAUCACUCAAACUUUACAUUCUUGGUUUGCCGCUAGUCUUUGCGGUGAUUUUAUGCAGAACGUUGUAUAUAGUUCUAGGUGAUCGUCCUUUUUGGCGACUUAAAAAACGAGAGGGGAACUGGAGCCGAAAUGUGUCCCACAAUUGUUUCUGGGAUCGUUAGUGGGGACGCGCUGGUCACCUAUUGGCCAAUUUUUCCCCUGUGCCUAGUAACAAUCCCAGAAGCCUUUGCCAGGGUUCAUACGCGUCUUGGAAACCCUUGAAAACCCUUGAAUUUCAGGAGUCCGAUUUCAAGGCCUUGAAUUUCGUUUUCGGUCCCUGAAAGUCCUUGAGUUUUUAUUGAACAAGAUCGAAAAUGUUCUGCACAAUCUCUAAACCCAAAACAGAGAUGUUAACACAAACAUUUUUUUUGGUUUUGAGGUAAAAUUGUCAUUAAAAAAGGUCCUUGAAAUUUCUAGUCAG